GUCGUUUUCUGUUUGAAAUCCGAGUCCUUCGUUCUCGCAGCAUUAUUCUUAGUGUACAGUGUACAGUGUACAGUCGUCUGUCUUCAAACUUUAUCCUCUUCCAACAACUCAAGGAUCAGUCUCCCCUGUACCUGCGCCAGAACACGAGAUAGAGACAGACUUCGAAGAUGGCGAAGGACAACGAGACUGACAUACCCCAUGAACGUACUGAACCCAGACCCGACUUCUCCAAACCGCUGCCUGCGAAGAAGUUACCAAAAGCACUACAAGAUACUCUAGAUGACGACGAGAAGCUCUGGGAGGCUCUAUACGAGGGACACGCCCCUGAAUCUACAGAUAGCAACGUCCGAUACGCCGCCUACGCAACGCGCAUCCGCACCAUCCUCCUCUCCGCCCACCGCUACGUCGCAUACACGUCCGACAUAGGCGAGUCCUUCCGACCUGUCGCACAUCCAUACCUAGUCAGGGGCGCCUACGGCAUAUCAUGGGCCUACAUCCUCGGCGACGUGUCCAACGAGGGCUACAAGGCGUACCUACGCAACCAGCGCACACUACACCCUGAGAAGUACCUCGAGAAGAACGUCACCGGCAGCGAUAAGCUCAACCCGGGCCAGGCACUGGUGAAGAAACUUGGGCCUGGAAUUACAGAGGGCGAUCGUGUAGCACAGGGCAGUUUGGAGGGAGGGCGCGUGCCAGCGAUUGAGGACUACCGUGCGGUAAUGGCGCAGAGAGCUGCGUUUCAGAGUAUUGCCAGUAUGGGCCUGCCGGCGUUUACGAUACAUAGUAUUGUGAGAUACUCAGGACGUGCCUUGAAAGAUGCGAAGAAUAAGAUGAUCAGGACGUGGGGCCCGAUCGGGCUGGGUCUAAUUGCCGUGCCUUUUCUUCCGUACAUGUUCGACGAGCCAGUGGAGAAGGCCGUCGAAUGGACAUUCCACAAGGCGUUCGAGACUAUUGGAGGGCCAGAGGCGGUGAUGGGCCAGCCAGUGACGGGACGACAACAUAAAGGACAGAAAGAGUCCGAAGCAGGGGCCGCAAAAGAGAAAGAGUUAUAGAUGUUGGCAUAGACGACAUUUUUGACGGUAUAUAUCCCACUCCGCGCCACUACAUACACCCGCUCGCCAUUCAUACCACAAGAUACACCUAGGCAUACACAUAGCACCACCUCCCUGUAUAUAAUAACACAAACUCUCAAUUCUGGAGAUACCUCAUAUACCAUCCAACAACACAAGUUACUGUACAUCGUAAAUUCAAUCAUCACGAAUUCCUCACUAGGCCAUC